CAGCGUGUCUUCGUUGAUAUAUCCCUCUGUGGAGCUGCUGCUGACCGCGCGCUGCUGCAGCAGCAGCAGCAGCAGCGGCAGCAGGCGCUGGGCGGUGUGCCUGGGCCUCUGCGGCCUCUGCUGCCUCUGCGGCCUCUGCUUCUGCCGCCCCGGCAGCACUUUGCUGCUGCAGGCAGCAGACUUUUAUUGGGGAGUUGUUGGUUUGCUGCUGAUAGGGUUUUUGGAGACAGUCUCCUUUGGCUGGGUCUAUGGUUUGGGGCGGCAGCAGCAGCAGGUGGGAGCAGCAGCAGCCCUCGGGCUGCUUGCUGCUUUUGUGGGGUCUUUGCUGCUGGCCUGCGUGCUGCUCUUCUUCGGCGGCAGCGCAGCAGCAGCAGCAGGAGGGCUUGCUGCUGCUGCAGCGCUCCUUGUCGGCGGCGCUGCUGCGUCGCUCUACCUUGCGGUCGCUUUCUCGAGGCGCAAGCAGCAGCAAAAGGCCCUCGCUGCUGCAGAAGCUGCUGCUGCUGCUGCUGCUGCUGCUGCCGCUGCUGCUUUCUACAGGGAGAAGCUUGCUGCUGUCCUCCGCGACGACUUCGCUCUCGCCGACGCUCCGGACGCAGCAGCAGCAGCAGCGGAGCCGCAGCAGCAACCAGCAGCAGCAGCAGCACCCGACACCGCUGCUGCUGCUGCUGCUGCUGCUGCUGCUGCUGACGGAACGCCCGCAAGCUGCGCAGCAGCAGCGGCGGGCAGCAGCAGCUCCUCUCCUGACCCCUCCCCCCAAGCCAUUGCCAUCCCCGCUGCUGAAGCAGCGGCUGCUGCUCCUGCUGCUGCUGCUGCUGCUGCAGUCCCCAGCACUUCCGCCUUCCUGUGCAGCCCGCGAAGCAGCCCGAACAGCCCCAGGAGCCCCGGCAGCCUCAGCAGCAGCAGCAGCAGCAGCAGCAGCAGCAGGAGAGUUUGCUGCAGACUGCACCGCACUGAAGGCGGACUGGCCCACUGCUGCUUCUGGCUUUUUGUGGGGAAUGUGGAGCACCUGCGUAGACACCUGAAUAUCAUAACUGCUGCUGCUCAAGGCCUUUUGCGGCUGCGGCCCUGCUGGUCUUUGCUGCUGAAGUAUUUGCUGCCUGCUGCAGUGUGUCUGCUGCUAUUCCAGAGUCUGCAGCAGGGGCUGCAGCCGCUGCCCAUCGACCCGCAGGAGGCAGCAGCAGCAGCAGCAGCAGCGAGGGAUCCAGCAGCAGCAGCUGCUGCUGCUGCUGCAGCCUCGGCCAACGCCUGGCACUACCAGGCGCCUGCUGCUGCUGUGCUGCUGCUGGUGCUGCUCAUAACUGCUGCUGGCAUCUUCUUCCCUUCAGCAUUUGCCCCCCUUCUCCCAGCAGACAUGAGCAGCAGCAGCAGCAGCAGAGCUGCUGCUCUCGGCAGAAGCAGGCUCAAGAGGCGCCGACACGCCAAAGCGGCGGCCUUGCUGCUGCAGCAGCAGCAGCAGCAGCUCUGGGAACUCAAUAAUCAGCUGCAGCUGAAGGAGUUACAAGGCAACAGCAACAACAGCAGCAACAGCAGCAGCAACAGCAGCAGCAACAGCAGCAGCAGCAACCACCAAGCACACUUCUGCGAUCUGCCCACGCAAGCCUCGGAGGUGCAGUGA